AUGAACUGCCCCUCCAAGACCGAUCCGAUUGUACCGGACGGAUAUAACCAGAGUCCCAAUGCACUAGCCGGAGACACCACCACACGAAGCGACCUGAGCACAAUAGCCAAUGCGCGAUUGCAGAGGGAUCAUAGAAUAAGAGAUGAAGAUCCUCCCGAUAUCGAGCUGGUCGCACCCCGCGACGAUACCAGAGAGGGUGGCAAACAUCCUACAAUCGCGAUCAAAGACGGUGGACAUGGCGGUGCAGGCCAUACCCACGACGACAUGGGCACAGAAAUGCUCCCGGACACUCCCCAACCCGACCCCUCCAACUCCGAGCCAAACGACCUCACCGACCUCCCCUGGUACUCCCGCCAGCCGCGCAAACUCGCCCGCAUCCUCCUCCGCUACACCAAAUUCAUCGGCCCCGGCUUCCUAAUCAGCGUAGCCUACAUCGACCCCGGCAACUACGCCACCGACGUCGCAGCCGGAGCGACCUACCAAUACAAACUCCUCUUCAUGAUCCUCCUCAGCAACCUCUUCGCCAUCUUCCUGCAAAGCCUCUGCAUCAAACUCGGGACGGUGACGGGCAUGAACCUGGCCGAGAUGUGUCGGGCGCAUAUGCCCCGGUGGCUGAACUACGUUCUUUAUGUUUUUGCCGAGGUGGCGAUCAUUGCGACGGAUAUUGCGGAGGUGAUUGGGACGGCGGUGGCGUUGAAUUUGUUGAGUAAUGGGAAGAUCCCGCUUGUGGCGGGUUGUGCGAUCUCCAUCGUUGAUGUCAUGUUUAUUCUCCUCUUCUACCGACCGAAUGGGGAGAGUAUGAAGGCGCUGCGAGGGUUCGAGUUCUUCGUCAUGGCAUUAGUACUGGGAGUUGUGGUCUGCUUUUGCUUUCAGCUCAGCGUGUUGACUGAUACGAAUGUCGGGCAUGUAUUUAAGGGAUACCUACCUUCGAGAGCAUUGGUGGAGGGACAGGGGCUGUACCAGGCGUGUGGCAUUCUAGGCGCAACAGUGAUGCCGCACAGUCUCUACCUCGGAAGCGGCAUCAUACAAGCUCGACUACAAGAUUUCGACCGGCAGCUAGCAAAGACAGAUCCAAGCCACCUAGCAUUAUCCUCCACCAUCUCCCCUCCCUCCCACCACCCAGCCCUCGCCAUCCGCCAUCGCCGCCGGGACAUCGACAACAACAACACCACCACUAUCUACGACGACGAGACCGAAGACGACAAACCGGCUUACCGCCCUUCCCUAAAAGCAAUAAACUCCUGCCUGACCUACAGCACCACCGAACUCACCCUCUCCCUCCUAACCUUCGCCCUCUUCGUCAACAGCGCCAUCCUCAUCGUCGCCGGCAGCGCCCUCUACGACCCGCAAAACCCCACCGGGAACGCCACCGCCGCCAACGCCAGCCUCUUCGGAAUCUACCAUCUCCUCAGCACCACCCUCUCCAAAGCCGCCGGGACGAUCUUCGCCCUAGCCCUACUAUUAAGUGGAGUCAGUGCAGGAAUCGUCUGCACCAUCGCCGGCCAAAUGGUUAGUGAAGGUCAACUCCGCUUACGGGUGAAACCCUGGGUACGUCGCCUUAUGACGCGGGCGAUAUCAAUCACACCCUCCAUCAUCAUCGCCGGGGCCGUAGGAGCCGAAGGUCUCAGUCGAACACUCCAAGCGAGCCAGGUUGUGCUCAGUGUGAUUUUGCCGUUUGUUAGUGCGCCAUUGAUUUGGUUCACGUGCAGGGCGAAGUAUAUGGGUGUUAGUCGGGGCGGCGGGAUAGGGGAUGGAGGGGUAGGGGAGGUGAAUAUGAGGAAUGGGUGGUUUACGGCCGGGUUGGCGGUGGUGGUUUGGGGGGUUAUUGUUGUGAUGAACGUUGCGCUUAUUGUACUACUUGGCAUGGGGGUUGGGUAG